AUGUCUUCGCCAGAGGAGAAGGAGGAUACAACUUGGCGUGAAAGGUUCUUAAGCUCUUCAAGUUACUUCGCCAAAUCAUCACCAGUAUUAGAGAGAGUGCGCCGCACAAAAUCAGAUUGUUCAACAACUCGAAAACCAAACACUGUUCCUGUUUACGAGGAUAUUCCUGAGAAUCCACAAACCUCAAGCGAUCUCUAUACCAAAGUGGUGAUACCGGAGAAAGAUACAAGUCAUGAACCAAAGGUAUAUGAAGAGCUUGGUACUUUCCAACAUAGAAAGGCUCGGUGUAUCAGCCCGAAAAAAAACGUAGACGAUGUAAACGAUAUUUACGAAAUGAUGGAGUUAUUUAAACUGCUUCAUAUUGAAUAUGAUCCUCAAAAAUUGGUCCUCUCAGAGAUGAAAGAGACGGCAAAAAAGGAGAUAGAAGAACAAAGUUCCGGCAGCGGAAAGUAUUCAAAUGGAAUAACGGGAUUUGAGGUCAUUGCAAAGGCUAAAGCCGAAGAUACGUUGAAAAGGGAAAGGCUGAGGGAAUCGUAUUUGGAGGUUGAUGAGUGUGUCAAGCAAUUGGAUCAGUAUGCGAUUGAGAUUCUGGACGUCUUCUAUGGCGAUCGUGGGAUUUUGAAUGCUUUGGCAGAACAGAAAAAAAGCUUAACGAACACAGAGUACAACGUUCUUAUUGCAGGUGAAAGUAGUGCUGGGAAAAGUAGUUUAUUGAAUCUUAUUCUUGGCGAAGAGCUUCUUGCACACCAUGUCUUGAGUACAACCUCGACAAUAUGCGAACUGAGGUUUGGGGAGGAACGAAAACUGGUCGUUCAUUAUAAGAUAACGAAGAAACAAAGACACGUCCUUUGCCUGUAAUAUUCCCCUUGAAAUCCCAGGAAGAAUGCGGCAAAAUUUUUUAUGAUCAAAUCGCUCCCUUCGUGCAAAUGUCAAAUCAGCGAGAAAAAGGCUCCAAAUAUUCUAGAGUAGAAAUCUUUUGGCCGCAUGAAUUACUUAAGAAAGGAAUUGUUAUCAUUGAUAGUCCAGGCCUAGG